AUGCUAUGCUGCUACCACAUCACUGUGCAGCGCGGAGAAAUCCUGCUCAAUCAGCUCGAUCGCAUGUUUGACAUCGAUUCACCUAUAACACUUACGUUCGAUGAAAUAUAUUUGCGGCUGGGUGAGAUCGAUGAUUUAGAGCAAGAUAUCCGGGCUACACAGUGGAUGGAGGAAAGGAACGCAGAAGACGAAGAGAGCUAUCCUCCCAACGAGGACUCAGACAUUUGCACUACUGAUGACGACAAGACCGAUCCAUCCGACCUAGAAGACGAUGCAGACAAUGAAAAAGAACGAGUAUUUCCAGACAGGGCGACGAGCUCAGAAAAGAGCUGCGAGAUCGAAGAACCAGAAGAAGGAGAUCGCUGCCAAAGUGUUGAACUUGGUGACUGCGAUAGAGAAGAUGCACCCGGGCGGAACCAUCAGCACCCCUUCGCAGACGAUAAUCAUGAAGCCGAAGAAAGUACAGCACGAGACGCCUCGGAAGCGGGCGCUGACUAUGGAGCAAGCACCCCCGAAGUUGACUCGGAAGACGACCAUGACUCGGUCGGUAUCACAAAGCACGAAAGAUAUGAAAGAGAGCCAUGCACUGAGUGUUCUAUCCUCCUCAAGCUCGAACCUUACCGCCUAGCCUUACGAACUCGAGCGAUGGAACUCGCCCGCCCGUCGAUGAGACCCCUCACUAUACUCGACCUCCCGGAUGACUUGCUCCUUCAGAUACUCGAGCUAUUCCAAGACGUCAGAGUGAACAAAAACAAGAUUAUCUGGUGGAAUCAAGAUAUACCGGGCUAUAUCGGUCGGAAUUUGCAUCCAGUCCAGGCCCAGAUAUACCGCAAAACAAUAUCGGACAUCCGCCUGGUUUGUCAUGUGUUCAAUGAUUUAGCGUCGCCGCUACUAUGCCCGAUCCUAUUUGUCAAUCUUGACCAGGAGUCCCUUGAGAGAGCCGUCCAUUUGUCGCGAUGUCCACACGUGGCGAAAGGAAUUCUGGGCAUCAAAGUCGGCCUCGCCUUUCGGGUCAAAGAUCACGAGACAGAUUGUGAAUCAUUUGCGAGACAUCAUCACAACAUACUGGCAAGCGAACUCGAAGCCUGGAAGAUGAAUGUGAAACACUUGGAUUCUGCACAGUCUUCCCACACCCUGGACGCACAGCUACUGGCACCACCUACCGCACUCGGACUUGUCGAGGUUAACUUUUACCACAUGUCACUCGCGAUGAAGCCCUACAUAUUCACCAAGAAAAACGAUAAAAUUACGAUUGAUAAAUCACUUGUCAGAGAGCUACGCGCCACUUUCCGCCAAGCCCAGAAGGAGAAUAUCAGGAAACGCUCCCUUCAGGUGCAGCUUGUCAGGUCGGGGUCGUUUGUCUCCUCUUUAGCAGCGUGCUUUGCUCGAAUGCCACGAGCAGAGUCCGUGGGGUUUUGCGACGCAGCGGAGUCACCAGUUCCUCACCGGUAUGCUUUGCUGGACCGCUAUCGAUUCCUGGAGGCUCUAUGUCAUCCUCUCAGGUGGGAUGAGGUCAAGCUUCAUCUUUGUAACCCUCUGGUUCCCGCCAAGAUUCUCUUCGAACUACCAAUCGCUAUUCAGCGGGCUGGGAAGAUGAUUCGUAAUUUACACGUUGGCUGCUUUCCGUCCGGAGACAGGUUUGCCAUGAUGCCAGUUCAGGGUCCCAUAUCUCGAUUCUCGGAUCAGAGGCUGUGGGCUGACAUACGAACGACAUUCCAGAACCUCCAAAUAGUUACCUUGAAUCAGCCCAUGGAUGUUGACGAGGAUAUGAGCGUGCCACCAUCACCACCGGCGGCCAACACUACUUCUCACUUCAAGGAAUAUUUGAAGGCUAUGUUCACGGGGUCUGAGCUUGAACAGGUUUUCGUCUCCUUGAAUGGGGAUGGGGAGGUUCCAGGUCGGUUCGAAGGGGAUGAGCUGAGUGUGAGCCCGCUUCUAGAAGGAAUCCAGUGGAAGCGCCUUAGAGUUUUCCAAAUGACCGAUACCUCGCUGACUGAAAACGAGCUUGCGCAGUGGUGCGAGGCGCUUGGACCCCAUUUGGAGGCACUCUUCCUGCUACGCAUCGUGCUUAUUGACGGGUGGUGGGCGCCGAUACUUGAUAUUCUCCGCGAGAAGGUGACUGAAUCUCGGGAAUACCAUAAAAAGGACCCACACGUACACAUGCAUGACCUCCAAGGGGCGGAGAUGGGGUUCGCGGACUUUCCAAUUUGGGAUGAGGAAGUAGCGGAUGAAGAAGAAAUGGAGGUUCGGGCUUAUCACUAUGUGACCGGGUGGGCGUAUUUGAAUGGGGAGAAUUCCUGCCGCAAAGUGUUGAACAAAAACCUGUAG